GGCUUUACGACACUGUUGUUCCUUUGCGGCCCCUCCUGGUAAUUGCGAACACAUAGGUAAACAAUCCCAGCGUGUCUUUCGGUUCAGACAAAAACGGACUUCUCCAGUCGAGGUCAGCUCGGAAAAGCUUAACGCAUCCUUUCGUGACGAUGCUUCUCAAAACCCGAGCGGUCUAUUCACUCGGUCUUCGCAUGUGCUCCACACAUGUGACGACCGGACCAGUGAGUGAAUCAGCAAGACCCAGUUCAGACAUGUCUGAAUUCCGAAAGGCCUUCGCUAAAGCCAAGAACAUAGCGAUCAUCACCGGAGCCGGCGUGAGCGCAGAGAGUGGAGUGCCGACUUUCAGGGGAGAAAAUGAGAAGUGGAGGAAGUGGCAUUCUCAGGACCUCGCUUCUCCAGAAGCCUUCUCUCGUAACCCGUCUCGGGUCUGGGAGUUUUACCAUUACAGGAGGGAGCUGGUGUUGGACAAGAAGCCCAGCGCCGUCCAUUUGGCCAUAGCAGAGUGCGAAGCUCGUCUGAAGAAGCAGGGACGCUCGGUGGUGGUUAUCACCCAGUGCCAAGACGACCUGCACCGACAGGCUGGGUCAAAACACGUGCUCAAGAUCCACGGCAGUCUGCUGGAGACGCGCUGCAUGAGUUGCGGACAAGUAACGGUGAACAAGCAAAGCCCCAUAUGUGCUGCCUUAAAGGGCAAAGGAGCACCUGGCGCAGAUGUUCCUGAUACACAGAUCCCCGUGGAUAAACUGCCAAGAUGCGAGGAGAGAGACUGCCAUGGUCUUCUGAGGCCCAACGUGGUCUUCUUUGGGGAGACUCUGGACUCUCAUAUCCUGACCACCGUGGAAAAGGAAAUGGAAAUCUGUGAUCUCUGCCUGGUGGUUGGGACGUCAUCCAUUGUUUACCCUGCAGCCAUGUUUGGUCCCCGGGUGGCAUCUAGAGGUGUUCCUGUGGCAGAAUUUAACAUGAACACAACACCAAAAACUGAAUAUUUCACGUACCAUUUCCAAGGUCCGUGUGGAAUCACGCUUCCUCCAGCUCUGGCGCCGCAUGAGUCAGAGGAGCUAUAAAAAAAACAGAUUUUAGAUAAGAGUCUGUGGUGUCUUCUGCAGUCUCGUGCAAUCAAAAGCUGCUGGAUUUCAUCGCAGUUUAUCAAAUGGCAAACUGCCCAAAAAACAACACAAUUUCUUUUUUUCUUUCUUUUUUUUUUAAUGUUGUGGAUUUCUUAAUACUUGAAUAUCUUGCUUACUAACUGGAACCAGAUCAGAGUACUUCUUCUAUUCCCAACAUUCCCUGCGUAGUUUAAAGCAGGGAAAUUACAACUUCAUUAUGAAAGGGAAUGCACAACGCAUUUACGUACUUCCGUAGGAAAUGAUUUAACGUUUUCAGAUCAGAUGUUUAUAGGAGAUUUUCUUUCUGUUCUAGAAACUCUACAGUGAUGCUGUAGAAAAGAACAACAUAUUCAUUGUUGUGCCAAUAGAUGGUAUUCUGUUCCUUUGCUGUCCAAUGGACGGAUAUGCAGACAAAAUCUCGUGCCUUUCCAAACUCUUUAUUCAACUUUGACCAAAUGUUUGCUGUAAACAUCAAGUGCAAAUCAACCACUGUUACAGAUAUUUAGUCAAGUGUUUAGUUUACUGAAAAAAAAAAAGGGUAGAGGAUAAAGCAGGGUGAUUUACUUCUCGUUGUGUUAGGAUGUGUUGGUCUGAUGUCUGAAGUCAGCUGGUUACAUGUAUAAAGUGUUCAGGAGACAUUAGAUGCAUUUUUAUAUUUUUCUCUGCUUUCUGAAUCAUCUAUAUGUCCUAAUGUGGCUAGAGGUUUCCCAAGAUCAAAAAGCAAUAAUAUAAAAAGAUGAUUUUUUUUUUUUUCAUUGUUUUUUAAUCAGCUUCAUUGUCUAUGGACUAUACGCACAGUGCUUUUCGAUGUAUUGAUACUGCUGACACAUUUACACAAAGCAUUAUUAUUAUUAAAAUUCUUCAACAGCA